CGUGGAUGUCUGGAGCUACUACAAACAAGGCUUUGCUUGAUUUUGAAGGAGGGGGAAGGCAGAGGGCAGCUAGGAGGGGAUUGAGGGGCUGGGCUGGAGACGCCUGAGCUGCUCCUCCCCGCACACCAAAGCACUCGAGCCCGGGAGCAUGCAGGAGCCCUGCUGAUUCCAGCCACUCCAAAGCCUCUUUUUUUUUUCCUGACAUUUCGGAGGCUCUUUGGAGGAAAUUUGGAUGACUUCCUUCUCCAGGCAUCUAAAUAUCCAGAGGAACUGCUGAGAUGUUCCGAGAAGCCUUUUUUUCCACUCUCCUUUGUGUGGUUCUAGUUCCUCUCCAUGCUCAGCUUGAUGUGGAUCCUGGAGAAGUCAGUCCUACCUCCUGUGCAGAAAAGAGGAACUGCCCCAUCAAUGUAUACUUUAUCAUCGACACCUCGGAGAGUGUUGCUCUGCAGACUGUACCUAUCCAGAGCCUCGUGGAUCAAAUAAAGCAGUUCAUCCCUCGGUUCAUCAAUAAACUGGAGAAUGAGCUCUACCAGAACCAAGUCUACAUCACCUGGCAGUUUGGUGGACUUCAUUACUCAGAUGUGGUGGAAAUUUACAGUCCUUUAACAAGCAGCAAAGACAUAUACCUCCCUAGGCUGUUUGCGAUUAACUACCUCGGCCGGGGUACCUUCACGGACUGCGCUAUCUCCAACAUGACAGAGCAGAUUCAGACCCAAAUGGCCUCAGGUGUGAACUUCGCAAUAGUCAUCACUGAUGGCCAUGUCACUGGCAGCCCCUGCGGGGGGAUGAAGAUGCAGGCUGAGAAGGCGCGAGACAUGGGGAUCAAGCUCUUCGCAGUGGCCCCCAGCGAGAAUGUCUAUGAGCAGGGCCUGCGGGAGAUCGCCAACCUGCCGCACGAGCUCUACCGCAACAACUACGCCAUCACACAGAAAGACACCCUGGAGAUCGAUGAGAACACCAUCGAUAGGAUAAUUCAAGCUAUGAAACACGAAGCCUACGGAGAGUGCUACAAGAUGAGCUGCCUGGAGAUUGCAGGUCCACCUGGUCCCAAAGGUUAUCGAGGGCAGAAGGGUGCAAAGGGAAACAUGGGUGAACCAGGCUCCCCUGGGUUUAAGGGUCGGCAGGGUGACCCAGGUAUUGAAGGUCCAAUUGGGUACCCUGGUCCCAAGGGUCUACCAGGGCUUAAAGGAGAGAAGGGCGAGAUUGGAUCUGAUGGGCGGAGGGGUGCCCCUGGUUUGGCAGGCAGGAAUGGCACCGACGGACAGAAGGGCAAGCUGGGGAGAAUUGGACCACCAGGCUGCAAGGGAGACCCUGGUAACAAGGGUCCCGAUGGCUACCCAGGAGAUGCAGGAGACCAAGGUGAAAGAGGAGAUGAAGGCAUAAAGGGAGAUCCUGGCCGGCCUGGUCGUAGUGGACCCCCAGGACCUCCAGGAGAAAAGGGAAGCCCGGGACUUCCAGGCAACCCUGGAGCUCAAGGGCCUGCUGGUAUUAAGGGAACAAAAGGUGAAACAGGACCUCCUGGACCCAAAGGAGAGCCUGGUCGACGUGGAGAUCCAGGGACAAAAGGCAGCAAAGGCACUCCUGGGGCCAAAGGAGAAAUUGGAGAUCCUGGUCCAGAGGGUCCACGUGGCCUGCCUGGUGAGAUUGGAAGCAAAGGAGCAAGGGGAGAUCAAGGACUGCCAGGUCCCCGAGGCCCUCCAGGUGUUGUGGGAGAACCAGGCAAGAUAGGAUCACGUGGGGACCCUGGUGACUUGGGUCCAAGAGGUGAUGCUGGACCACCAGGACCGAAGGGUGACAGAGGCAGACCUGGCUUUCCCUACCCUGGACCCAGAGGACCACAGGGUGACAAGGGUGAAAAGGGGCAGCCAGGGCCCAAGGGAGGAAGAGGUGAACUUGGACCGAAAGGAGUGCAGGGAACCAAAGGAGCAAAGGGAGAACCGGGUGAUCCUGGCCCAGGAGGUGAGCCUGGACCCCGUGGUCCAGCUGGUGAACCAGGCCCCGAGGGGACACCUGGCCCAUCAGGAGAUCCUGGCCUGACUGACUGCGAUGUGAUGACCUACGUGCGAGAGACGUGCGGAUGCUGUGACUGCGAGAAGCGCUGUGGUGCCCUGGACAUCAUGUUUGUCAUAGACAGCUCAGAGAGUAUUGGCUACACCAACUUCACACUGGAGAAGAAUUUUGUUGUCAACGUGGUCAGCCGGCUGGGCUCUAUUGCCAAGGACCCCAAGUCACAGACAGGUGCCCGUGUUGGUGUGGUGCAGUACAGUCAUGAGGGAACUUUCGAAGCCAUUAAGCUUGAUGAUGAGCGCAUUGAUUCACUGUCGAGCUUCAAGGAAGCAGUGAAGCGCCUGGAGUGGAUUGCUGGAGGCACCUGGACACCAUCUGCCCUUCAGUUUGCCUACAAUAAGCUCAUCAAGGAAAGCAAGCGAGAGAAAGCCCAAGUGUUUGCUGUGGUAAUCACUGACGGACGCUACGACCCCCGGGACGAUGAUAAGAACUUAGGGGCUCUUUGUGGUAGAGAUGUAGUUGUCAACACGAUUGGCAUUGGAGACAUGUUUGAUCAGCCAGAACAGAGCGAGACCCUGGUCUCCAUUGCCUGCAAUGAACCCCAGCGAGUCCAGAAGAUGAGACUCUUCUCAGAUUUGGUGGCAGAGGAAUUCAUUGACAAGAUGGAGGAUGUGCUCUGCCCAGAUCCGCAGAUCGUCUGUCCUGAGCUGCCCUGUCAGACAGAUGACAGGAACCCUGGGAACGUAAACCCACUUAUUUUCCGCCCCAUGGAAGAGGGAGUCAACAUAGAUUUCCCCAGCACCAUACAAUCGAUCGCCCAGUUCCUAAACUCCACGCGGGAAACCCAGGACCCCAGCACGUACACCCAGCUGGUGGCCACUUUGGCCUUUACCGCCGAAAAAGCCAAGUUUGCCACUGGAAAUGAGCGGCAAGAGUGGAUGGACUUGUUCAUUGACACCUUCAAAAUGGUGCACAGCGAAAUUGUGGGGGACCCAGAAACUGUAUUAGGGCUUUGCUGACAUCUGUGUUAGAGAUCAUAUGAAACAGGUGGAGAACAGAGGUUGAAUGGAGGUGGUAAUUGUGUUUCCUUGAGUGCCUGUUUGGCAGAGAGGACAGGUACAUUGGUAGAAGCUUUUAGUUUAGGAGAAGCACAGGCAGUGAAACGGCUUGCUUGUGCUCAGCUGGGGAAGUGACACAAAGGGCAGUCCUCUCUGGCUUGGCUGGCUGAUGAGCAUGGUGGCUUUCUCCAGCAAUGUCAAGAGACUCUCUUGCUUUGUCCACUGCUUUUCUGCAGAGGAGCCGCAUUGCCUCAGUCUGAGGCAGCCACUCAGCUCCCCUCCUGUGCUCCCACCCUGCUCCGGCAGGCUAGCAUGCCCCAGCCCUCAGGCACACACGAGCACCAGGCUCUACCAAGGAGGCUGCCAGGCUGUGUGUGGCUGAGGGCCAGAGCGAGCCCCUUGUUUGCAGAGACCCUAACAAUGUGCUUUUCCCACACUUUCCUGUGUAUGUAUUUGCUGACUGCUUCUUAAGCAUCUCCUCUGUCCUCUUACUUGGUUACUGUGAGGGAGAGGUGGACUGGAUGACCCGUAAAAGUCCCUUCUAACCCAAAGCAUUCUAUGAUUCUCUUUUCACGUCCUGCAAGCCAUUUGUGUGGCAAGACAGACAAAGCAAAGUGUAUCUCCUCUCGCUGCAGCGAGUGUCUCUCUAACUAGUCGGUGGGCAGCUAGGGGUACUGAAGGUGAGGAGCAAGCAGGAUGGGAGAAGGAGCAUCCCUGGCUUUCCUAUGAGAGUGCUGAAAUCUGGGAAGUGCUUCUCUAAGCAGCUGUGUGAGUGCCUUCUAUCUUUUUCUAUGGUUGAUGUAUUUGUGUUUCUUCUCUUUUAAUUAGCAACAUGUACCUGUUAUAGCCAAGAGACAGAGAUUAUGUAGGGCCAGGUGGUCCGAAGUAAAAAUCCAUAUCUGUGCAGUCAAACUUCUGUGAUGCAUUAUGUGAGCUAUUUAAAAGCAAGUAUUUAAACUUGAUGUAGUAUAGCCCAUUCAUUCCAUGGCCAGUGCUAAUUUGGUUCAGAGAGACAACAGACGCACGACUUGCACUGUGAGUGCGUGUGUUUAGAUGAGGAAUGAUAUUUCUAUGAGCUCAGCUGCCCCUGAUUUUCACAAAAAGUCAGGCAGGUGACUGCUGUUCUUGCCUCCAGAAUAAUUACUGCCCUCUCAAGCUGUAUGAAGAGAAAACAGCAUUUCGUAUGCAGACACAAGGUUAGAAGUACUGCCAGCAAGUGAAUUUUGCAGCCUCUCUACCUGACAUGGUAUUAUUGCAAUAAAGUAUACUGAGCAAAUGUCAUAUUUAAUGGACAGAAGGGACAUGUAUGGCCUUCAAAAAUGCGAUUGGGCUGGAAUGUUUCCAGAUGUGCAAUGUGGAGCCAGUUGCAAGCUUAGGCAUGGUAACUGGAAUGAGAAACUCAUCCACUUUGAACUUACUGCACUGUCUCCUUCCAGCUGUGCUUCAACAUCUGGGACUUGCUAGUGUAAUCUAGAAGCUGUCCAUCAAUAGGCACUCUGGAGAGGUGUUUAUGUCACUCAGCACACAAGGUCAGAUGUGUUGCACUAAAAAGUUCUUUCUCCUGAGGUUUCAGCUUUUUUACUUCCAGUCUAUAGGGACAGGAAGCUCAGAGAACUCUUCUGUUGGUACAAAAGAGAGGGAAAAGAGUCCAGACAGCUUUACACGGUGUGCCCCGCAUUUUAAGUGAAGGCAAAUGAGUUAGGCUAGAGUCAGGUCAUAAUCCACAUUUUCCAGAUAGUCUGUGCAAAGCCAAGCUUCAUACUCUUGUUUUUAUUUUUACCUGCAAAUUAGCAUGUGGCAUAACCUGCUGAGAUGUGAGUGAGGGGACCGAACUCAGAGUAGCUAAGUUGCUAGAGGAACAGCCCCCAAACCACUGAUUUGAAGAGAACAUCUCAAGGCUGGGAUGUCUGGCUGAACAAGAUGAGGAUUGGGCAUGACUUCAGCAAGGGGGUGUUUAUUUUGUUCGUCACACAGUGGCUGUUGGUUUCAUUUCCUUUGGAAAUACUCCCUAGCAAAGAAGUACAACAUUGGAAACAAAGUUUUUUAUCUCUCUAAAACCUCCAGCUCAUUAAAAAAAACCCAAAGCAAACAAAAAAACAAACCAAAAAGAGAAAAUGUCUCUUUGCCUGAGCAGUGUUUGUGUUGGCUUGCUAGAAAGAGGCAAGAGGGUGUGGUAGUGUUCUGGUAACAUAAUCCUAGAUAGUCCCUCUGAUAAAAACAGGUAGAUUUCAUCACAGCAUCAGUACCUCCAGUGAAGCCCUUGGGCAAAGGAAGGUCAGAGGUAAAGAGCUGGGGAAAGGAGAGUCAGUACCUCCCCAAAGACUUGGGAGGGGUUGUGAAAUCAGGAAGCACCAGAAAGGGUUGGGAGGUCAGCCCUGAUCUCGCUGUAACUCUCAUCUUCACUGUCAACACUGUAAUCACAGAGGAAAUACAAGUUACCGAGGUUUUAGAAGAAGCAGGAAUAUGAUAUGAGUGGCUGGGGUUACUUUGCACAUGCUCAUAAUUCGGUGAGUUGCUUAAUGGCAUGAAAACUGGUAUUCUUACUGCUUUUUGUGCUGCCCCUGUUAGACAUCCUCAACUGUGUCCCAGCAGAUGGUUGUGCAGUACCAUGAGCUACAGGCAUUCGUGCCUUGCUGUAAGCUGCGUGAGAAGGACUACUGUGCCAACUAAAACCAUGACCUGAAAAUUCUCAUUGGCUGAAUUCAUGGUGGUGCCUCUGAGAACUCCUCUACCAGCUAAGGAAAAAAAUAUUGUUCCUUGGUGCAGGAAAGGGCACUUGGGCGUCAGAAAUGAGACCAAGCUGCAACGAAAAUGUGACAUGGAACAGGACAAACCAGAUGAUUUUCUGUGCUGCUUGCAUCUGUGUUAUGUUCCCAUAGGAUAACUCAUAUGUAAAGGCAUCUUACCACAUUCUGAAGGCAGCCCUGUGCUCUCAGCGGGGGCUGAGCAGGAAGAGGAGUCUUGGGGGAGUGCUGUUGCAUUAGAGGCUGUCUGGAGAGCCAGCCAUGCAUUGUGCUCUUGCUGAAGCUCCGCAAACUGAUGCUGCUCUCGGCUGCUGUCUACUUAACUCAGAGCUCUUAAGGCUUGCUUCAGGUCAUGUGCCGGGGGAGUGAGUCUUGCUUGUCAUCACAAGAAACAUGACUAUGUGUAGACAAGCAAAAAGAGAGACAGCCUGGUAAGACUUCUCCAACAUGAUAUGCAGCCCUUACUCCCACCUGCCCACUUCCUCCUGCUUUUGCACACCCCUACUUACGUUUCAGACCAUGUGGUUGCAUGGGGAAUGCCUUCCUGCCCUUUCCCCUCCUCCACUGCACAAAGCAGGUGAGGACCAGGAGUGCAGGUGCUGCCAAGGCAAAAUAUCCCUAUGGCAGUAGCACCUGCGUACCCAGAACCAGAGCAUCAAUGUAACUUUAGACAACGCUUCUCAAGAAAGGUUGGGCAGAGGUGAGUACAUAUCUUUAUUGCUUUAAAGGAGUGGAGUAUCACGGUUAUAUUUGGAGAUGUGAUAUGCAAAAGGCAUAUUUCUUGGAGACUGGUCUCUACUGCAGUAAGAACUGGUACUGCAGAAGCGUGUUGUUCACAGUAAGACUAUGGUAAGCACCAUUCGAGGCAUGCCAUCAUUGUAGAUAUGUUUUACAGUGUUAGCUAGGGAGAAAUGCAAGUCUCCAAGGCCAGGGAACAUGACACAAAAACAACCAGGGUCGUUUGCUGUGUCUAAUGAGUUAGGUGAAACCAAAAGUACCAGCACAAGUUCCUGCAUCAGGUUUUGUCAUUUUGUUGUGAAUGGAAGUCGUGCCAAGUAAUCUGCAAGCUCAAUGAUACGCACCAUCAGAGCUCCUACUACAUUGUCUUGUGCUGUUGGGUUCAUGUUGGACACCAUCUCUGUAUUUUCAGAAGUGUAUGUAUCUACUUUGCUUAAAAUCUAAAUUCACUGCUGAAUGUUGACUGCACAUAUAAUACUCAGGUACGGAAACAGUGAUCCAUUUGUUGCUCAGCUCAUACAAGGAAUUGCACCAGUUCAGCACCCUACUGUGCUGAAUCCAAGUGUAGCAGUGUUCAGUACUGUGGAAGCACUUUGUUGAGUUGUAUUUGCUUAUAGGAUGAAAAUUCAACCUAAUGCAAUGCUCCUAUCCCCAAAGUUACCCCUGUGUGCCAGAAAUGGAUGCUCAAGCUGGGGCUGCUCCAGAAUCUCCUAUUCCUUGCCAGCCAUGCAAUACAACAUGACAUCAGCUCCAGGACUUCACCCUUUCAAAAUUCGGUCUUAGAGUUACAGAAUUGCUUGACAGUGAUAUGGCCAUUGCCCAGCUGCCAACUCUGGGGGUUGGUACCUCACAAAUCAAUACUGCUCUUGCAAUUGUGUUUCUGACUGGUGCUUUCAGCAGAGAAGGAAACUCAAAAGAAGUUGAAAAUUCAACAGUAUUUCUCAGAGAAGCAGUGCAGGUAGAGUUAUGCCAAAUGCAAUACACAUAGCUGCAGCAAUGGGAUGAAAACUAACAGCUGACUCCAAAGACAGCUGUUUUCGUCUGUUUUUUUACUGAGUUCAUUCACAUGCUUGCUUUGUGGACAGGUGCUUUUCUGAGUGACUGAAGAACAAUGUCUUACUGUGUCUCACUCGACUAUUGGUCAGUUACAUAUCACAAAAGCUGCUUUACUAUGAACAGGGUCACUGAGAAGGAUGGUCUCAUUUUCCAUUGAUGUGACCCAACUUUUAUAAGCUCUCCAGGAAUUAGUGAUUACUCAUUAAACAAAUCCAGGUGAAAGGUAUGAAAACUUCACAUCCUACAAAUGUACGAGUGAAGGGUAACUCUAAAAGUUAAACCACUCUCUAGGAGUAACUGAGGGGUUCGCAGGCACUGCCUGCCAUUAAUCGAUGGAUAUUCCUUUUACAAAUAAGAGCUGGGAGCUGCUGUAGGAAGGUAAACGUAAAACCGGGACUGUGGACCUGUCUGAUUUCAUGGAGUCUCAGGACUAAUAUUCACUGGGGCUGGUGCAUCAGAAGCAAGGUUCCUACAUUGCCGGCUGCAAAGACAGGCUUUGGCAGCAGAAUGGGGCUGGUCUUUCUUUGGACAAAGCUGCAUGGAGGCAAUUCCAGCUCCAACUGCCUAAGACAACCCCAACCUUAUGCUGUAGGCUCUUACCCUCUCAACUUGUUUUCUUUC